AUGGCCAAGAUUAACACCCAAUACUCCCAUCCCAGCCCGACCUGCCCUGCGGUAAGAACCACGGACAGAGAUCUCAGUCACAUUGAAAAUGGCCUCAGCAGGACCUACUCACCGGGCGAGGAGACACCGUCAGAACUGCAGCAAGCGAUUGCCAUGGAGACCAGAGGACAGGCUGAAUCCCGGCAAAGCUCCCUCACCGGCCAGGGGUCUGCCAGGUUGUGGCGCCUCAUCGUGUCGCUUCGUGUGUGGGCCGUCAGGCACUUACACCCCCAGGACCAAAGACCGGACGCUUUCCUGGAGCAUUUCCACGGAGCUGAGCUCAAGGAGGUAUCCAGCCGCGAAAGCAAUGCCCAGUCCAACGUGAGUGGCCAGGAGCCAGAUGAAGGGAGAAGUGGCUGGUCCCUGGCCAGGGACAACAUCAACACGUGCAGAAGCUCAGAGGAUGACAAGGCAAGGAAGGAGGAGAAAGAGAAAAAGGAAGAAGAGGGAAAGGAAAACUGCGUAAAGCGACAGGAAAAGGAGGACACCAUUGUGGUGGACCCUUCCAGCAAUGUGUACUACCGCUGGCUGAUCAUCAUUGCCCUGCCCAUCUUCUACAACUGGUGUCUGCUGAUCUGCAGGGCCUGUUUUGAUGAGCUGCAGUCUGAACACCUGAUACUGUGGCUAGUGCUGGACUACUCUGCAGACAUCCUCUAUGGCUUAGAUGUGCUGGUGCGAGCCCGGACAGGCUUCCUCGAGCAAGGUCUGAUGGUCAGGGAUGCCAAGAGGCUGUGGCAGCAUUACACGAAGACCUUGCACUUCAAGCUGGAUGUGUUGUCCCUGCUCCCCACAGACCUGGCAUAUUUUAAGCUGGGUGUAAACUACCCGGAACUGAGGUUCAACCGCCUACUGAAGUUGACCCGGCUCUUCGAAUUCUUUGACCGUACGGAGACGAGGACCAACUAUCCCAACGUGUUCAGGAUCGGGAACUUGGUCUUCUACAUCCUUGUCAUCAUCCACUGGAAUGCCUGCAUCUACUUCGCCAUUUCCAAGUUCAUCGGUUUGGGGACAGAUUCCUGGGUCUACCCAAACAUCUCAAACCCAGAGUAUGGGCGCCUCUCCAGGAAGUACAUUUAUAGUCUCUACUGGUCCACCUUGACCCUGACCACCAUCGGUGAGACCCCGCCCCCUGUGAAAGAUGGGGAAUAUCUUUUCGUGGUCAUAGACUUCCUGGUGGGUGUCCUGAUUUUUGCCACCAUCGUGGGCAACGUGGGCUCCAUGAUCUCGAACAUGAAUGCCUCCCGGGCUGAGUUCCAAGCCAAGAUUGACUCCGUCAAGCAGUACAUGCAGUACCGCAAGGUGACCAAGGACUUGGAGACACGAGUUAUCCGGUGGUUUGACUACCUGUGGGCCAACAGGAAGACGGUGGAUGAGAAGGAGGUGCUCAGGAGCCUCCCGGACAAGCUGAAGGCGGAGAUAGCCAUCAACGUGCACCUGGACACGCUGAAAAAGGUCCGUAUCUUCCAGGACUGUGAGGCAGGUCUGCUGGUGGAGCUGGUGCUGAAGCUGCGGCCUGUGGUGUUCAGCCCUGGGGACUACAUCUGCAAGAAGGGGGACAUUGGGAGGGAGAUGUACAUCAUCAAGGAGGGCAAGCUGGCAGUGGUGGCCGACGAUGGGAUCACCCAGUUCGUGGUCCUCAGUGAUGGGAGUUACUUUGGGGAGAUCAGCAUCUUAAACAUCAAGGGGAGCAAGUCAGGGAACCGCAGGACCGCCAACAUCCGCAGCAUUGGUUACUCGGACCUGUUCUGCCUUUCCAAAGCUGACCUGAUGGAGUCGCUCACCGAGUACCCCAACGCCAAGAGGGCUCUGGAGGAGAAGGGCCGCCAGGUCCUCAUCAAGGACAACCUGAUGGACGAGGACCUGGCCAAGGCCGGGCCAGACCCCCAGGACCUGGAGGAGAAGGUGGAGCACCUGGAGUCCUCCCUGGACACCCUGCAGACCAGGUUUGCACGGCUCCUGGCCGAGUACAACGCCACUCAGAUGAGAGUGAAGCAGCGCCUCAGCCAGUUGGAAAACCAGGUGAAACUCUGUGGGGGCAGCCCUCUGCCUGAUGGGGACCCUCCAGAACCAGAGCCCAAGCAACAGUGA